AGGUGCUGCGGGGGCAGAGAGAGAGAGAGAAAUGGGGGAGGCUGCAAGUCAGUAAGAACAGGAAAAACUGAUGAAGAGAGAGAGAACAGGAGGAGAGGCCAUCAGAGGAAGAAAUCCCUGACACAUGUGAAAGAGCAGCAGAACCCGUGCAGGAGGACGGAACAGGAUGGGAUGUGUAUUCACGCUUUCUUUUUGCUGUGGGUCAUAAAGUGGGUCAACACCUGAGAAGGAGCAGCAGGACUGAGGCAGUUUUGUCCUGCUGACAGAGCCCUGAAGGAGGGGUGAGACUGAACGAGCUGGAGACAUGAGACAGUCAGAAUGCAGAAUUAUAAAGAAAGCAGUGCAGUUUUUACAGCUUGACAAACAAACCUAAACUGCUGCUGGAAAUCUAGCAGACCUGUAACUGUCACUGGAGCAAGGAGAAGCAUUUUACAUUCUUAGUCAAGCAUAAAGAUAACCCAGCAAGUACAUCUACAGUUUAGGAAGGAUCAACUCCUCCAUUCUCACACUUUCACACACACAGAGAGGGACACACACUCCACCAUGCAGACCCUAGGACCUGAGCACGACGACUCCUUUGAUUUCCUGUUUAAGAUCAUCCUGAUCGGAGACUCUAACGUAGGGAAGACGUGCGUGGUUCAGAAUUUCAAGUCAGGGACUUUCACGGAGAGACAGCAGAACACCAUCGGGGUGGACUUCACUGUGCGAAACCUGGACAUUGAAGGGAAGAAAGUGAAGAUGCAGGUGUGGGACACCGCAGGUCAGGAGCGGUUUCGCACCAUCACCCAGAGCUACUACCGCAGCGCUCACGGCGCCAUGAUCGCCUAUGACAUCACACGGCGCUGCACCUUUGACUCAGUGACCCACUGGAUCAAGGAGGUGGAGCAGUACGGGGCAGCCAACGUGGUGCUGGCCCUCAUAGGUAACAAAUGUGACCUGGAGGAGGAACGUCAGGUUCAGUUUGAGGAGGCCUGCAAUCUGGCAAAGGAGAAAGGCAUACUGGCUGCUCUGGAAACAUCAGCGAAGGAGAGUCAGAAUGUGGAGGAAGCCUUCAUGAUGAUGGCCAAGGAGCUGCUGUUUCGCAACGGCCUCAAUGUCCAGCAGGGGGACCUGGAGAGCAAGCCUCGAGUUCUCCUCCGGUCCAACUCUCGGCCGGUUAACGGCAUCGUAGCUGCUGCCUACGCGCCACCAGAGAAGAAGUCAUGUUGCUGAUACAAAUGUGGACAAGACUGGGCAGCUGGAGGGUGUCAGCUGUUGGAAACAAAGAGUUGGCAGUGGAUUAGGAAGCAGGCUGAAGGACACUGUUGGAUGAUGGAGGAGAGGAAGAUGUCUCAAGAACCGUGAACUUUUGCCUUGAGAAAAUUUAUUCAGUUAAUGGAAAGUGUUGAAAAAUCAAUUCAGUGUACCUCUCUGUGACUUACCUGACAUGAGGAGAAUCAGGGACUUGUUCAGCUGGUGCUGCAGGGACAGUGUUCAGUGUUGUGGUAAAGUUACAGUAAGCCAAUCUCAUUUAUAUCAACUAUAUCUGGGCUGUUUUUCUCCUCAACUUCAUAUCAUAUAAGCACAAAACACUGUGGCACUGUUUGCUAUUUUUCAAAGUUUGCACUAGCAUAAUUAAUCAAAAUCUGAAUGUAAAAACUAAAGCAUAAAUGAAGCAGACCUAAGCAUUUACAACACCUGCAUGUUAUCUCUAACAUGUGUGACCAAGUGACCUCUUAAGGUGCGAUCGAGCUGUGAUCCUCUGCUGCUGAUGUCCAGGAGAACCUGCUACAAACCAGAAGGCUGUGAAUUCUAUGUUUUUGUUUGACUUUGCUCUGUGAUGUGUUAGAAUAGUUAGACUUUUCAUGAGGAACUGCAGAGGCUUUAGUUAUAGGUGUCACAUACAAAUGGGUGAUAAAUUAAGGGAGAAAACCACCAUGAAGUGUCCGAGAAUGCAUCUUCCAAAAGAUAUUCUAUACGUCUGUGUGUUGAUGACUGUGGGGUGAUGUUGCCGGUCAUAUCCACCCACCUCAGCUGAGAUUCGGUGAUGGUGAAGGCCACAGUGUGUGAUUCACACCACAUUCAUAAUAAAACCAUUCAGUAACCUCU